CCAUGGCAUGGCUGCGGCUCAGGACGCCCUGGAAGGUCUCCGGGCUCAAUGUAUUUGCUCGCUCUGCGGGGAUUAUUUAAACAACCCGGUGAUCAUCCACUGCGGGCACAACUUCUGCCGGGGCUGCAUCACGCGGUGCUGGGAGCAAUUCCGGGACCGCUUCCCCUGCCCGCUGUGCCGGGCGGAGAGUCCCGAGAUCCGGCUGCGGCCCAACCGGCAGCUGAGGAACGCGGCGGAUUUAUUAAUCGAGCAGCGGAGUGUCCAGCCGCGGGGAAGCUGGGCAGGUGACAGGGUGUGUGAGCUGCACGGGGAGCGUUUGAACCUGUUUUGUGUAGAGGAUCACACGCCGAUCUGCGUGAUUUGCAGAGCGUCCCAGGCGCACGGGUCUCACCCCGCGGUGCCCAUCGAGGAGGCAUCGCAGGGUUUCCAGGAACAAAUUCAGAGACAUUUGGAGAGUUUGAAAAAAGAGAGAGACGAGAUUCUGUCGUGUAAAUCGAGUGGGGAAAAUACAAGCCAGGAACUACUGAAACAGCUCGAAACUGGGAGGCAAAAGAUUGUGGCUGAAUUUCAGCAACUGCGCCAGUUUCUGGAGGAACAAGAGCGACUCCUGCUGACCCAGCUGGAAGAGCUGAAUAAGGAAAUCGAAAAGAUGGGGGCUGAGUAUGUUGCCAAACUAUCUGAGGAACUGUCCUCUUUCAGUUCCCUGAUCAGUGAGAUGGAGGAGAAGCGCCAGCAGCCAGCGAGUGAAUUCCUGCAGGACAUCAAAGGCACCUUGAGCAGAUGCGAGAGGGAGAAGUUUCAGAACCCAGAGGCCUUUUCUUCUGAACUGAAAUGGAGAAUCUGGGAAUCUUCUCAAAGAAACGCAUCUCUGGGGACCAUAGUGAAGAAAUUCAAAGACUCACUCUCGUCUAGACAGUGGUCGGACAAAGCGAAUGUGACUCUGGAUCCAGACACGGCCCAUCCUGCACUCAUCCUGUCUGCGGAUCGGAGAAGUGUGAGCUGGGGAGUCACACGGCAGGACCUGCCCAACAACCCUGAGAGAUUUGAUAAUUGGACCUGUGUGCUGGGCUGUGAGGGAUUCACCUCGGGCCGACACUACUGGGAGGUGGAGGGGUGGGGACUCUGUGUUGUGGGGGUGGCCAGAGAGUCUGUGAGCAGGAAGGGACGGAUCAGCCCUAACCCUGAGCAGGGGAUCUGGGCUGUGUGGUGCAGUGAGGAUCAGUGCGUGGCUGACACGUCCCCUGAGCAGGGGGUCUGGGCUGUGCAGUGCAGUGAGGAUCGGUGCUGGGGUCUCACAUCCCCUGGGCAGAGCAUCCGCUUCCCCCCGAGCCAGGCGCCCCGCAGGAUCCGGGUGUAUCUGGACUAUGAACAGGGGCAGGUGGCGUGUUUCGAUGCCGGUACCGGGGACCCGAUCGUCACUUUCCCGCCGGCCUCUUUCGCCGGGGAGAGAAUCCGCCCGAUCUUCGGGGUUAGGGCUGGUGUGCGGCCUGGUUCUAGUGCGCGGCUCAGACUGUGUCCCUGAGGUGCCCUGUCUGUGCCCAUGAAACAGGCUCCUUUAGCCCCCACCCCCUGAUCUCUAUGACCCGGAGGACUCAGCCGCACACCCCCCCCCAGGGCUGAAGGGGGGUGACGCUCUCCCCGUAGCUCUAUGGCUGUGGAGGUCAGUGUGAGGCUCUAGGCUGGUUCUCUGUGCUCCUGGGAGGCCAACGCUGUGUGGAGUGGGGGGG